AUGGAAAAAGAGAAAGUAAAUGAUGAUGGACAACCAGACCCAGAGAAUUCCUUGGACAUUUCUGAACACUUUAACCAACUUGAGUUGUUGGAAACACAUGGACACCUUAUCCCCACUGGUACCCAAAGUCUCUGGGUAGGGAAUUCUGAUGAAGAAGAGGAACAAGAUGAAGAAACUGAAGAGUGGUAUCAAUUCCAAGAAAAAAAGAUGGAAAAAGAUCCAAGCAAAUUGCUUCUUUGGGCUGCUGAAAAAAAUCGGCUGUCUACCGUGCGGAGACUACUUUCGGAAAAGGCCACUCAUGUGAACACCCGAGAUGAAGAUGAGUACACCCCUCUUCACCGAGCAGCCUACAGUGGACACUUAGAGGUUGUCCGUGAGCUAAUUGCACAAGGAGCAGAUGUUCAUGCGGUGACUAUGGAUGGCUGGACACCCCUGCACAGCGCUUGGAAGAAAUUUUUAUAUUGUGAGCCACACAAGAGAAUUAAGGAAGUACUGGAAGAAGAACUCUAUAUUAAGAGAGAUGAAUGCCACAUUAAAAAUCCACCUGCAGUGGCCCUGGAAGGGAUUUGGAGCAUUAGAAGGAAUUUCCCCGUGGGAGGCUUGAAGCCAGGACCGCCCAGCAGAAACACCUUACUGCCACAAGCCAAGUACUAUUCAAGGCACGGAGGGCUGAGAAGAUAA